CGCUCAGCCGCGCCGCCGGAAGUGACGAGUGCGGGCCGUGCGCGGCGGCGGCAGCGGCGGGAGGUGAAAUGGUUUUCAUAUGCUGAAGUCCAACUUGGAUUGCCUCGUUGCUGCACGUUGAGAACUUUGUAAAAAGCAGGAAGUCAAGAUGAAGAGCAGGGUGACACAAGUAAAUCAUGGUUCCAGUCACGACAGGAAGGAAAACUACAGUUCCCGACAUGAAAGUUUGUCUCCAGAGGACAGAAGGGAUAUGGAGCGUGAUAGGUCUCGGUCUCCAUCUCCCAGGAAGAGGAGAUACUCUGAUGACAGCAGAUAUGAUGAGGAAUAUUCAAGACGGGAAUACUAUGAUGACAGAACUUCAGAUGGAAGAAGGAUGGAAAGGGGGAGAGACAGACACUAUGAGAGAUGGGAAGACAGAGAAUAUGAUCGAAGGAAGCAGAGAAGAUACUCAUCACCUGACCGUAGGAGUCCAGAGAGGUCGACAGGCCAGAGCUCACUUGCUAAUGAUGAGACCACGUCAAAGAAGAAGAAAGAAGAAGUGGAUCCAAUCCUCACUCGCACAGGUGGUGCAUAUAUUCCACCUGCCAAGCUCAGGAUGAUGCAAGAGCAAAUCACUGAUAAAAACAGCUUGGCAUACCAGAGGAUGAGUUGGGAAGCCUUGAAGAAGUCAAUCAAUGGUCUUGUCAAUAAAGUGAACGUUUCUAAUAUAGAAAACAUCAUUCAUGAGCUCCUUCAGGAGAAUAUUGUUCGGGGAAGGGGAUUGCUGUCUAGAUCCAUUUUGCAAGCUCAGAGUGCCUCUCCGAUUUUUACUCAUGUUUAUGCAGCUCUUGUGGCAAUUAUCAAUUCGAAGUUUCCAAAUAUUGGUGAAUUGAUCCUCAAGAGGCUGAUACUGAAUUUUCGUAAAGGGUAUCGCAGAAAUGACAAGCAACUCUGUCUAACAUCUUCAAAAUUCGUUGCACAUUUGAUGAAUCAGAAUGUGGCUCAUGAGGUUUUAUGUUUGGAAAUGCUCACUUUGUUACUUGAAAGGCCUACUGAUGACAGUAUUGAAGUAGCAAUUGGAUUUAUUAAAGAGAGUGGGCUCAAAUUAACAGAAGUUUCUCCUAGAGGUAUUAAUGCAAUCUUCGAUCGCCUUCGACACAUUCUGCACGAAUCUAAAAUCGAUAUGCGUGUUCAGUACAUGAUAGAAGUCAUGUUUGCUGUGCGGAAGGAUGGCUUCAAGGAUCAUCCAAUCAUUCCAGAGGGAUUAGAUCUAGUGGAAGAGGAGGAUCAGUUUACUCAUAUGUUGCCAUUGGAAGAUGACUACAACCCGGAGGAUGUUCUUAAUGUCUUCAAGAUGGAUCCAAACUUUAUGGAAAAUGAAGAGAAAUACAAAAUGCUAAAGAAAGAAAUUCUUGAUGAAGGUGACACUGAAUCUGAAGGAAAUCAAGAAGCUGGAAGUAGUGAAGAAGAUGAAGAAGAUGAUGAAGAGGAGGAUGAAGAUGGUCAGAAAGUUACUGUUCAUGACAAAACAGAAAUUAACCUGGUCUCCUUCCGUCGUACAAUUUAUCUGGCUAUACAGUCAAGCUUAGACUUUGAAGAAUGUGCUCACAAACUGCUGAAGAUGGACUUCCCUGAAAGUCAGACUAAAGAACUCUGCAAUAUGAUACUUGACUGCUGUGCUCAGCAAAGAACAUACGAGAAAUUCUUUGGGUUACUGGCAGGGCGUUUCUGCAUGCUAAAGAAAGAAUAUAUGGAGUCCUUUGAAGCCAUUUUCAAGGAACAGUACGAUACCAUUCAUCGUCUGGAAACCAACAAACUGAGGAAUGUGGCCAAGAUGUUUGCUCAUCUCCUGUACACUGAUUCAAUUCCCUGGAGUGUCCUUGAAUGUAUAAUAUUGAGUGAAGAAACUACCACGUCCUCCAGUAGAAUUUUUGUCAAAAUAUUCUUUCAGGAACUCAGUGAAUAUAUGGGACUUCCAAAUCUGAAUGCAAGAUUAAAAGAUGUGACACUGCAGCCUUUCUUUGAGGGAUUAAUGCCUCGGGAUAACCCAAGAAACACUCGCUUUGCAAUCAAUUUCUUCACUUCCAUUGGCCUUGGAGGACUAACGGAUGAAUUACGGGAACAUCUUAAAAAUGCACCAAAGUUGAUCAUGACACAGAAGCAAAAUGUUGAGUCAUCAGAUUCCUCCUCAUCUUCAGACACAGACUCUUCUUCAGAUUCUGAUUCUGACAGCAGCAGUAGUAGCUCAGAGUCAUCGAGCAGCAGUGACUCCUCAUCUAGCAGUGACAGCAGCAGUGACUCAGAUGUUUCUAAAGCCAAAAGGAAGAGAACGCAAAAGAAAAAUAGAGAAUCUGAUAAAGUUUCCAGGAAAAAACAAGAAAGGAGAAGGAAAUCCCUUGAAAAGAAAAUUGGAAGGAGGCAACAAGAGGAAAGAAGUGAUACUGAGAGCAAAUCGGAAAGAAAUCACCGACAUAUAAGAGACUCUCACAGGAGAGAUGAUGUUUCAAAGUAUCACCACAGAGAUGAAUCCAACGGCAGAGAUGGUUACCACAGCGGAAAGGAUAGGAACCACGAAAGAAGUAAGGAUCCAGAAAAUAAACACAGUAAUUCCAAACUGAAGAAAGCAGAGAGAAGAGCUUCUGUGUCUGAUGAUGAAAAUUACAGACACCGGAGCAAAGACGAUGGACAUCGUAGUAGGAAAAGAGAGAGGUCAAAAUCGCGCGAGAGAGAGCGCGGCCGCGGCAGCCCGCGGGAGGAGGAGCAGGAGGAGCGCUCCAGGAACGGCUCCGAGAGGCAGCGGGACAAGCACGGCCGCCACCCCGAGCAGCACGGGGACCUGCAGCAGCACAGGGAGCCGCAGCAGCACAGGGAGUCCCGCAGGAGCGACGACAGGCGCAGGGAGAACUCCCCGCACCGGCGGAAAUGAAGCCCGGCUGCUGUGGCGAUCAAGGUGCAUUUCCGAGCUGGUAGAACUGUAUUUUAAAAUCUAGUACUGAAGUUUCUUUGAAAAGAAGAUUUUGUACAAAGUGAUAGUUUGCAUUUGUAAAUUUUACCAGACUUUUUCAAAUUUUCAGUAAGACCUUUUUUAUAACUGUAUCAUUGAAUCUUUCUGUUAUGUUCUUUGUUUGGAAAGACAAAGCUCUUUAUUUUGUGAAUAAAACAGUAAGAUACCAGCAAA